AAAGCUGUGGAUCCUGAAGCAUUCAUGAAUAUUAGUGAAAUCAUCGGAUACCGAGGUUACCCUUGGGAGGAAUAUGAGGUCACGACUGAUGACGGAUACAUCCUUACGAUCAACAGGAUUCCUCGGGGCAUUGACAGUCCUGAGGCUGCAGCGUCAAGGCCCGUUGUGUUUCUGCAGCACGGUCUGCUGGGGGAUGCUAGCAACUGGGUCCUCAACCUGGCCAACAACAGCCUCGGUUUCAUCCUGGCGGAUGCUGGCUACGAUGUGUGGUUGGGGAACAGUCGAGGGAACACCUGGUCUAGGAAGCACAGGACUCUUUCAGUCGACGAAGAUGAAUUCUGGGCUUUCAGUUAUGAUGAGAUGGCUAGGUUUGACCUUCCUGCAGUGAUAAACUUUAUUUUGCAGAAAACCGGCCAAGAGCAAAUAUAUUACAUCGGCUACUCUCAGGGCACCACAAUGGGCUUCAUUGCGUUUUCUUCCAUGCCACAGCUAGCUCAGAAAAUCAAAAUGUAUUUUGCUUUAGCUCCUGUAGCAACUGUCAAAUAUGCCAAAAGCCCCGGGACAAAACUCUUAUUGCUGCCUGACAUAAUGAUUAAGGGCUUAUUUGGCACUAAAGAAUUUCUUCAACAACACAAAUUCCUCAGGCAGUUUUUCAUCCAUUUUUGUCGUCAAGCUGUCCUCGAUAAACUCUGUAGCAAUAUCAUCUUACUUCUUGGUGGAUUUAAUUUGAAAAACUUAAAUAUGAGUCGAGCAAAUGUGUAUGUAGCCCAUGCCCCAGCUGGAACGUCGGUCCAAAAUAUAAUACACUGGAGCCAGGCUAUGAGCUCCGGGGAACUCCAAGCAUUUGACUGGGGCAGUGAAACCAAAAAUCUGCAGAAGAGCAACCAGCCUACCCCUCUGAAGUACCGAAUCAGAGACAUGACCAUCCCCACUGCCAUAUGGACUGGAGGACGAGACUGGCUGUCGGACCCGGAGGACGUCCGCCUGCUGCUAGCCCAAGUCACCAACCUAGUCUACCAUAAGAACAUCCCUGAAUGGGCUCACAUGGAUUUCAUUUGGGGUCUGGAUGCUCCUCAUCGUCUGUACAACGAGAUCAUAGAUCUGAUGCAGCGGCAGCAACAGCUAUGAAGGGCCCUGGGCCAAUUGGUGGCUUGCUACGUAAAGGGUGGGAGAUUCCCCCGGCACACUGCUCCUGUGAUUUGUCAA